AUGUUGGAUGAGCUGGAUAACGUCUUUGACGACCAUCCGUCAUUGGAUGCGUCGCUCGAGGACUUUGAGAACACAAGUAAUGCGCACCGUUCUCCGGUGUUUGGUCUACCGUCGCAACAUUCAGGAUUUCGGUCAGAGGAAUCAGAUGCUGAGGAAGAUGACAUGACUCCCAACGGGGAGCGUUGGUCUCCUCCAGGGUUUCAGAGGUAUGACUACGUUCAAGGCAGUGGCUGGUAUCGACAUCAGCCCUAUUUGCGCAAAAUCGAUCAGGAUCGAUUAGGACUAAAACCCACUGUGGGGCUCAGUCCGUCGCAAUCGCGGGAACCUAGCCCGCAGUAUGAAGACGCUCUUGAGGCCCCCAUGGCCGGUAAAAGAAGCAGCUCCACUGAUACAGGGGACCUUACGAUUGCUGCCAACGUUCCCUUGCCGAUUGACGCAGAGUCUCCGCACAAGGCUCGGUCUCCCAGUACAGGCCCGGCUCCGGGGACCAGUCCCGGCCCGGAAGGGUUAGAAUUUGGGUCGGAGAAUAAUAUAAGCAAUUGUAGGCUUUAUCUCGAUAUCCGGUUCGCUGUGCGCGCAGAAGUUCAGCAGCGCGAACCCUUUGUCGCAUUAUUUAGUUGCUUACGAUCCAAAUUCGAUAAGAUCACUAGCUCCAAAUCCAACACCACCAUUUCCAUUUUGAUAGCCCUACUAUCCAUAGCAUUCAUGCGCGCCUUGUUCUUACCCAGUGUGCCACAAGCAAUCCCUGACCUCGUAAAGCUGUCAGGCUUCGCGCGGUCUUUCGAGCCUCUGAUCUACUAUUCAGAGAAUGGCGUACAACAGAUUGGAACGUUGCAGGAGACCGGGGUUGCGGUCUGGGAUCUAAGCGAGUCGGUGCGUGGUACCAAUAUGACCAGUGCGCCGAUCAUAGUACGCCAGCUAGAUGAGCUGUCUGAGUCUCUAAAGUCUCUGUCUUUAGAGUUGACUCGCUUCUUCGCCAAUGUGGACUCGGACGUCGAUUCUAUAUUGCUUGUCAUGGAUUGGGCUAAACGGGAGCUGGAGACCCUGUCAUCCCAGCCGCCUAGUACACUGCCAUCUAUUAUGCUUGACAAUAUGCACGAUCUCCUGGCGCGACUCGGCACGCUGGAGCGUGUCACCAUCCCCGACGGGGAGGGAGUUGGCGGCGAGCUGACAAGCACUCCCACCACCUUUGGCCACAUUGUAACUGCGGUCUUUGGUCAAACGUCUGCCCAGCGCACGCGUUCUACUCUGACCCGGACCUUCACUGAAUUCUUGUCGGUACUAGAAGAGUCCAUUAAUAGUGAGCUGACGCACUCUACUGCGCUUUUCGCGCUCUUUGAAUCCAUCGAUCGCCAGUUCCUCAAUCUUCAGCGCACAGUGGUACGUGAGUCAGAUGCUCAAGAGCGUGCUGAAGGCGAAAUGCUCAGCUCUCUUUGGACCCGUGUCCUCGGACCUGACGCAGCCGUUGUGCGUAAGUACGAGAAGAACAAGCGAUUGCUCGCCAAUGUCCGUAGCCGGACGGUCGCCAACAAGCAUCUCCUCAUGGACCACCGCGGCCGGCUACUCACUCUUAAGGUCAAUCUCGAAACUCUACGGCGAAAGCUCGUCAGUCCGCUUGUUCGACGCAACGACUCCGUGAGCUUCGCUGGUGCUAUUGACACUAGUGGUAGUCGGAGUAAUGGCCGGAUGAUAGGGCCGGUCGAGGCUGUAAUUGAAGGCCAAAUCCGUGGACUAGAAGGCAGCUACGAUUACCUUCGAUCUGUCCGGGAGAAGCAGAAAGCCAAAUUAAUGGAGAUGGUGUAUGGAGCAGGACGAAAGCUACCAACUCACUCCAUGCUAGCCGAUGGAUCAGAUGACUCAGGGUCCGAUACUAUUGAGGGAAUCUGA